AUGGCCAGGCUGCUGGCCAGGGCUUACUGCCUCAAAGCUCUUCCUCAGGCUCCCAGAUGCGCCCCUGGGUUAGUGGCUGCCCGAGCUUGGAGCCACGGGCCCCUCACUGCCUACAUGCCUGAAGCUGUUGCCUUCUCCAGACCCAAGGACCACCAAGGCUUGUACAAGGUGUCAGUGGAGCAGGGGGAUGACUUCUGGGGAGCACUGGGGAGGAGUCGCCUCACCUGGAUCAAUCCUUUCCACGCUGUCCAGGACUGCGACCUGCGCCAUGGCAGGGUCUCCUGGUUCCUGGGUGGGCAGCUGAACGUGGCAGUGAAUUGUCUGGACCGACACGUCCAUGUAGCCCCAGACAAAGUGGCCUUAAUCUGGGAGAAGGAUGAACCAGGAGAGGAGGUGCAGGUCACAUACAGGGAAUUGCUGGAGCUGACGUGCCGCCUGGCAAACACCUUGAAACGGCGAGGGGUGAAGCGUGGUGACAGGGUGACGAUCUACAUGCCGCCGUGCCCGCUGGCGGUGGCUGGCAUGCUGGCCUGUGCCCGCAUUGGCGCCGUGCACGCCGUUGUCUUCGCCGGCUUCAGCGCUGAGUCCCUCGCUGACAGGAUCCGGGACGCCCACUCAGAGACAGUGAUCACAGUGAACCAGGGGCUGAGAGGUGGCAAGGUUAUUGAUCUAAAGAAGACAGUGGACCAGGCUGUGAAGCAGUGCCCGGGAGUGAAACAGGUUCUGGUUUCCAUGAGGACUGACAACAAGGUUCCCAUGACAGCCCUGGAUGUGUUGCUGGAGGAGGAGAUGAUGAAGGAAGACGCAUGCUGUGAGCCUGCUGCCAUGGACAGUGAAGACAUGUUGUUCCUCCUCUACACAUCAGGCAGUACCAGCAAACCCAAGGGUCUGGUGCAUUCCCAAGCUGGUUACUUGCUGUUUGCUGCUCUCACACACAAGUAUGUGUUUGACUACCAGGACAGGGAUGUCUUUGGGUGCAUGGCAGACAUUGGCUGGAUCACGGGGCACACCUAUGUGGUCUACGGCCCCCUCUGCAACGGUGGCACCACAGUCCUGUUUGAGAGCACUCCCGUCCAUCCUAACCCUGGCCGCUACUGGGAAACAGUGGAGAGGUUAAAAAUUAACCAGUUCUACGGGGCACCCACUGCCAUCCGCCUGCUCCUGCAGUACGGUGACGAGUGGGUGAAGAGAUACGACCGCUCCUCCCUCAAAGUGCUCGGCUCAGUGGGAGAACCCAUCAACAAGGAGGCGUGGGAGUGGUACUUCCACGUGGUCGGUGAGGCACGUUGCCCAGUCGUGGACACGUGGUGGCAAACUGAAACAGGAGGCAUCUGUAUUUCACCCCGUCCUUCUAAUCCUGGAGCUGAAAUCCUUCCAGGCAUGGCUAUGAGACCCUUUUUUGGGAUCAGCCCCUCUCUCCUGGAUGACAAGGGAAAUGUCCUUCUAGAAAACAACAUCUCUGGAGCCCUUUGCAUCUCACAAGCCUGGCCAGGUAUGGCACGAACCAUUUACAAUGACCACAAGAGAUUUCUGGAAACCUACCUGACUCCUUAUCCAGGGUUCUUCUUCACUGGGGAUGGUGUUUAUCGCACCAAGGAAGGCUACUACCAGCUGACAGGACGGCUGGACGACAUCAUUAACAUCAGCGGCCAUCGGCUGGGCACUGCCGAGGUGGAGGAUGUUGUGAACCACCACACGGCAGUGGCAGAGUCUGCUGUCAUCGGCUGCCCACACGAGAUCAAGGGAGAAGGAGCCUACGCCUUUGUUGUGCUGAAGAAGGACAGUGGCUACACACAGGAGGCUCUCACAGCUGAGCUGCAGGAGCUGAUCUCAGAGAAGAUAGCCAAGUACGCGGCCCCCGAGUACGUUCAGGUCACACCCCGGCUGCCCAAGACACGCUCGGGGAAGAUUAUGCGCCGGGUACUGAGGAAGAUUGUUGAGAACAAGGCUGGUGAGCUCGGGGACCUGACCACCCUGGAUGACCAUGAAACCGUGCAGCAGAUCAUCGACGGUCACAAGCGCAUGCUGGAGGGACAGAAGAGCUGCUAG